AUGUCGAUAGGAAGACUCCAACGACAGCUAUCCCCACUUGCUCGAUUCGUCCUUGAAUAUGCCGGGAUUCUAUUCUGUGUCAUAACCGCCUCAAUCUUGUACUACCUCACCUCAUCGAUCUCUUGCCCGGCCACGAAAUCAGCUGAACAUUGUGAUAGCUUAGAGUUUUGGUUAUGGGUGAUUUUGCUUGAAAUCGCCAUCAAUCUCUACUGUUUUCAUCACUUUUCAAGUAACAAUUGCGUCUCGUUUUGGCAACGAGUUUCUUGCGUGGCGGAUUUGUGUCGACACAGUGAUGAGAUUGAAGAUUUUGUGCGCUACGAGGGAGAAGAGCAAAACUCUUGUACACCGGACGCGAAAUUUUGUGUCGAUUGCAAUAGAAGAGCUCCAAUCCGAUCUCAUCACUGUUACAUGUGCAAUAUUUGCGUUCUGAGAAAAGAUCAUCAUUGUUUUAUCACAGGUGCUUGUGUUGGAUUGGGAAAUCAGCGCUAUUUCAUUGUGUUCAACUUCUGGUCAAUGAUCGGUGCUGGGCUUUGCUCUUGGUAUAUCCUGGAUUACUUGAAUUUUGCGGUGAUGCCAUGGUAUCCUUUUGGAUGGGCUCAUUUCAUUGCGCCGGUUGCGGUGGUGAAAUGGGUGUUGGGAAAAGAAUUUCUCUUGAAUGCUCUCAUCUGUGUAGCCUUUUCUUUCGGAGUCGCUUCUUGUGUCGCCUCUAUGGCUUUCUUUGCGAUUCAGGUGUUCUAUACAUGUCACGGGUACACAAUGUACGAGUAUCAUUCACUUGGAAUCCGAGAGGAAUUUGAUGGAGAUGGGAGGACAAUCAAUGAACGCUUCCGCUUAGUAUUCGGACCGUGGUGGACGUUAAAUUUCCUCGUUCCAUGUCCCUGGAUUCAUCAACGACUCACACCCGAAAUCGCCAAUAAUCUUUUUAGAGUAAGAAGUAAAUUGUUG